AUGGAGAAAUUUAACGAAUCCAUCGGAUUCGACCAACGCAUGUGGUCCGAAGACGUCCGGGGUUCCAUCGCCUUUGCCAAAGCCAACGCCAAAGCCGGUAUUUUGACGCAAGAAGAAUGUGACAUACUGGUGCAAGGCCUAAAUCAGGUCCACGAAGAAUGGGCUGCGGAGACGUUCGAAAUCAAGCCGGGCGACGAAGAUAUACACACCGCCAACGAACGACGAUUGACCGAGAUUGUCGGACCCGUCGGCGGUAAGUUGCAUACCGGCCGUUCCCGAAAUGACCAAGUCGCGACCGAUACUCGUCUCUGGACCGUAAAGGCCGAAAAGGAAGUCUUGAAUGAUCUCAAGACCCUCCUACAGGCGGGGGCCCACGUGGCCGAAGAGAAUAUUGACAUACUCAUGGCGGGGUACACACACUUGCAACCAGCCCAGCCCAUCCGUUACUCACACUGGUUGCUCUCACACAUGGCGCCACUCGUCCGGGACGCUCAGCGCUUGCAACAAAUGAUCCCUCGCACCAACCAGUGUCCUCUAGGUAGUGGCGCCUUGGCCGGCAACGCCUUUGGGAUCGACCGCGAGUUCUUAGCGAAGGAACUCGGCUUUGACGGCGUCACCGCCAACUCUUUGGACUCGGUCUGCGAUCGCGAUUUUGUGGUCGAGUUCCUGAUGUGGAGCACCAUGUUGCAUACCCACAUUUCACAACUUGCCGAGGAUCUUAUCAUUACCAAUAUGCUCAAGGGCGUGGACAUGGAUGACGCCUACGCCACGGGAUCGUCCCUGAUGCCGCAAAAGAAAAACCCGGACGCUCUGGAACUGCUUCGUGGCAAGGCUGGGAUUGCUCUGGGUCGGGCGGUGGGAUUGACUGCAACCCUGAAGGGUUUGCCUCGCGCCUACAACAAGGAUCUACAGGAAGACAAAAUUCCGCUCUUUCAAGCCGUCGAUACGGUCAAGGAUUGUUUAGCCAUUUGCACCGGGGUUUUGCUGACCAUGCAGGCCAAUCCGGAAAAGCUCAAAGAGGCCUUAUGCCCGGAAAUGCUGGCGACGGACUUGGCGGAUUACUUGGUCCGCAAGGGCGUACCAUUCCGAGAAACGCACCACAUCUCGGGAGCCUGUGUGCGUCUCGCCGAAGAGGAAAAGAUUCGACUCGACCAAUUGACGCUCGAGCAGUUGCAAAAUAUUGAUGCGCGCUUUGCAGAAGAUGUCAUGAAGGUGUGGGACUACGAAAUGAGCGUCGAACGCAAGUCCAGUUUAGGUGGGACAGCCAGAAGUUCGGUGCAAAAGCAAAUUGACGAUAUUCGUGUGUUUUGUGAGUCGUUGUAG